AUGGCUCUCCUUCGUUUGUCAUCUCGUCAACCUGAUCUUCUCACGAAGACAACUCCCCCAGAAGACGAAUGCUUCCAACAAAUGCCACUGGCUUCAAAACUCAACUUAGAGGCUCCAAAAAACACAUCAUCAGCUGUUCCGCAUGAACUGGCGUCCGAGGAUUCACGGAUUCGUGAUCGAGUCGUUGACUACAUAAACGCACAACGGAUGCUUUCGGGGACUGCUUACGCCGAGCAACUACUACUAGAGCUAAAUUCGGCGUCACAAAUUAAUCGUGGUCCAGAUGGUAUAUUUGAAUCAUCUCGUCUCCACUGGGAUAUGAUUCUUGGGAGAGAUGAGAGAAUCUACCCAUCAGACUAUCUCAAUUUUGAUGCAAAGAUGAGAUUUUAG